UCUCCACGGAUGAUAAGUUCAUUAAGCACCGAUUUGGUCCAAUUUAUUUUCGGAUGGCAUUUUCGUAAUUUUUUGGGCGAAGAAAGGAAAAUUUCCAUGGAUUUUGAAGGCUACAGAUCACGGAUUCAGCCUGAGGCUAUUCUUCAACGAUGAUUAAGUCCAUUAAAUGCCGAUUUGGGCGUAUUUAUUCCGGGUCCAUUUUUGGCAGAUUCCAAAGGGGUACCAUCACAGAUUUCGGGCGAUUUUUCCGAAAAGCCAUUUUCUUUCUAUUUUGGAGGCUGUAGAUCACAGAAUCAUGCCGAGCCUAUUCUCCAUCGAUAAUGAAGUCUAAUGAUCCUAUUCUCCACGGAUGAUAAGUCCAUUAAGCACCGAUUUGGGCCAAUUUAUUUCCGGAUGGCAUUUUCGUAAUUUUUUGGGCGAAGAAAGGCAAUUUUCCAUGGAUUUUGAAGGCUACAGAUCACGGAUUCAGCCUGAGGCUCUUCUUCAACGAUAAUUAAGUCCAUUAAGUGUCGAUUUGGGCGAAUCUAUUCCGGGUCCAUUUUUGGCAGAUUCCAAAGGUGUACCAUCACAGAUUUCGGGCGAUUUUUCCGAAAUGCCAUUUUCUUUCUAUUCUGGAGGCUGUAGAUCACAGAAUCAUGCCGAGCCUAUUCUCCAUCGAUAAUGAAGUCUAUUGAUCCUAUUCUCCACGGAUGAUAAGUCCAUUAAGCACUGAUUUGGGCCAAUUUAUUUUCGGAUGGCAUUUUCGUAAUUUUUUGGGCGAAGAAAUCAAUUUUCCAAUGAUUUUGAAGGCUACAGAUCACGGAUUCAGCCUGAGGCUAUUCUUCAACGAUGAUUAAGUCCAUUAAGUGCCGAUUUGGGCGAAUUUAUUACGGGUCCAUUUUUUGCAGAUUCCAAAGAGGUACCAUCACAGAUUUCGGGCGAUUUUUCCGAAAUGCCAUUUUCUUUCUAUUCUAUAGGCUGUAGAUCACAGAAUCAUGCCCAGCCUAUUCUCCAUCGAUAAUGAAGUCUAUUGAACCUAUUCUCCAUGGAUGACAAGUCCCUUAAGCAUCGAUUUGUGCCAAUUUAUUUUCUGAUGGCAUUUUCGUAAUUUUUUGGGCGAAGAAAGGCAAUUUUUCAUGGAUUUUGAAGGCUACAAAUCACGGAUUCAGCCUGAGGCUAUUCUUCAACGAUGAUUAAGUCCAUUAAGUGCCGAUUUGGGCGAAUUUAUUCUGGGUCCAUUUUUGUCAGAUUCCAAAGGGGUACCAUCACAGUUUUCGGGUGAUUUUUCUGAAAUGCCAGUUUCUUUCUAUUCUGGAGGCUGUAGAUCACAAAAUCAUGCUGAGCCUAUUCUCCAUCGAUAAUGAAGUCUAUUGAUCCUAUUCUUCACGGAUGAUAAGUCCAUUAAGCACCGAUUUGGGCCAAUUUAUUUUCGGAUGGCAUUUUCGUAAUUUUUUGGGCGAAGAAAGGCAAUUUUCCAUGGAUUUUGAAGGCUACAGAUCACGGAUUCAGCCUGAGGCUAUUCUUCAACGAUGAUUAAGUCCAUUAAGUGCCGAUUUGGGCGAAUUUAUUCCGGGUCCAUUUUUGGCAGAUUCCAAAGGGGAAUCAUCGUAGAUUUCGGACGAUUUUUCCGAAAUGCCAUUUUCUUUCUAUUCUUGAGGCUCUAGAUCACAGAAUCAUGCCGAUCCUAUUCUCCAUCGAUAAUGAAGUCUAUUGAUCCUAUUCUCCACGGAUGAUAAGUCCAUUAAGCACCGAUUUGUGCCAAUUUAUAUUCUGAUGGCAUUUUCGUAAGUUUGUGGGCGAAGAAAGGCAAUUUUCCAUGGAUUUUGAAGGCUACAGAUCACGGAUUCAGCCUGAGGCUAUUCUUCAACGAUGAUUAAGUCCAUUAAGUGCCGAAUUGGGCGAAUUUAUUCAGGGUCCAUUUUUGGCAGAUUCCAAAGGGGUAUCAUCACAGAAUUCGGGCGAUUAUUCCGAAAUGCCAUUUUCUUUCUAUUCUGGAGGCUGUAGAUCACAGAUUCAUGCCGAGCCUAUACUCCAUCGAUAAUGAAGUCUAUUGAUCCUAUUCUCCACGGAUGAUAAGUCUUUUAAGCACCGAUUUGGGCCAAUUUAUUUUCGGAUGGCAUUUUCUUAAUUUUUUGGGCGAAGAAAGGCAAUUUUCCAUGGAUUUUGAAGGCUACAGAUCAUGGAUUUAGCCUGAGGCUAUUCUUCAACGAUAAUUAAGUCCAUUAAGUGUCGAUUUGGGCGAAUCUAUUCCGGGUCCAUUUUUGGCAGAUUCCAAAGGUGUACCAUCACAGAUUUCGGGCGAUUUUUCCGAAAUGCCAUUUUCUUUCUAUUCUGGAGGCUGUAGAUCACAGAAUCAUGCCGAGCCUAUUCUCCAUCGAUAAUGAAGUCUAUUGAUCCUAUUCUCCACGGAUGAUAAGUCCAUUAAGCACUGAUUUGGGCCAAUUUAUUUUCGGAUGGCAUUUUCGUAAUUUUUUGGGCGAAGAAAUCAAUUUUCCAAUGAUUUUGAAGGCUACAGAUUACGGAUUCGGGCUGAGGCUAUUUUUCAACGAUGAUUAAGUCCAUUAAGUGCCGAUUUGGGCGAAUUUAUUCCGGGUCCAUUUUUGGCAAAUUCCAAAGGGGUACGAUCACAGAUUUCGUGUGAUUUUUCCGAAAUGCCAUUUUCUUUCGAUUCUGGAGGCUACAGAUCACGGAAUCAAGCCGAGCCUAUUCUCCACCGAUAAUGAAUUCUAUUGAUCCUAUUCUCCACGGAUGAGAAGUCCAUUAAGCACCAAUUAGGGCCAAUUUAUUUUCGAUUGACAUUUUCGUAAUUGUAUGGGAGAACAAAGGCAAUUUUCCAUGGAUUUUGAAGGCUACAGAUCACGGAUCCGGCCUGAGUCUAUUCUUCAACGAUGAUCAAGUCCAUUAAGUGCCGAUUUGGGAGAAUUUAUUCCGAGUCCAUUUUUGGCAGAUUCCAAAGGGGUACUAUCACAGAUUCCGGGCGAUUUUUCGAAAUGCCAUUUUCUUUCUAUUAUGGAGGCUGUAGAUCACGGAAUCAGGCCGAGCCUAUUCUCCAUUGAUAAUGGAUUCUAUUGAUCAUAUUCUCCACGGAUGAUAAGUCCAUUAAGCAUCGAUUUGAGCCGAUUUAUUUUCGGAUGGAAUUUUCGUAAUUUUUGGGCGACUAAAGGCCAUUUGUUACACCCCGAUCUUUCUAAGGGUCAAAAUGACUAUUUUACCCUUGGUUAAAUUCAUCAAGUUUUAUCGUAAUAUCGAGGAGGACUAAAAAUGCGAACUCUCGGUUCAAACGGUGUCGAGUUUCGAUAUAAAUCGAAUAAGUUACGGAUGUUAGUUGAGUUACGGAUUAAACUCACCCGUAAUUUGUGAAAUUCCCCGAGUCAGAUAAAAUCCAACCCUAACCUCAUGCUCCACUGAAGGUGAUAAAACCUAAAACCCUAAGCAGCCUUUUAGUCUUCACCACCAAACAGUUUCCCGGACCUGGGAUGACAACCGGCGCAGCUCUCCCUAUUAUGAGAGGCGUGUGCUUAAGCAAGGUGGAGGGCAAUUAUCCAGGACAAACGAAAGCGGCGCUAUUCAGGACAAAGGAAAGCGGGCCAUCGAGAGCUGCUCGUCCGAGGCGGUGGGAUAUUGGGGAAAUCAACCAGGCGGUAUCGUCCGAGCGGGAUCUGUUCUCCGAGAGCAAGGCCGCCGUUGGUGCACCGAUCUCGUCAAAGGGGGCUCUGCCUGCAAAGUGACCCUCUCUACCACGAGAGCUACUUGCUUAAGCAAGUUCGUCCCGCAGGUUUGGGAAGGAAAAAGCGAAAGCAAUCAUGAGACGGCAUGCUCUCGGGAGGCCAACGGAGGAUCUCCUGAGGACCUGUUUGCGGCGGGGAAACAGCCAACCCGGCCUAACCAGAAGAUUAAGAAUACUCUCCCUACUACGAGAGGUGCUAGCUUAUGAAAGCAAGUAGGACCAUUAUGCAGGCAAGCAGGACAUCGAUAGGAGGCGGCCAUGAUUAAGCAGGCAGGGAAUUAUUAAGCAGGCAGGAGCUGAGCCAAAUUAGGGCAAAAGCACAUAAUCAAGCCAGUUCCAACGGAAGUAAGGUGAGUGUAAAGGGGGUAAAUUCUACGCCUUACGUACUCUUUUAAGUUUGACAAGCCUUAAGUAUUUGUUGAAGUGAUUGUUAUUGCUUGAUUGUGCUUAUGGUUGAUGAUAUGUGAUUUUGUUUGAGCCAUGUUUGAUGUGAUUGUCCAUGAGUUUUAUUUAAAUUUAAGCUUUGAGUUUAUAAGUUAUUGUUGAAGUUAAGAAGCAAGUCCUUUUUAAGAAGUAACUCACCUUCAAGAAGGUGAAGUCGUUUUAAGUGUUUUUAGUCACUAGCGCCAGUCCGUUACCAUUUGAGAUUUCCAGAUAGAGCAGCAGUUAUGCUCUUGAGAUCUUUGAGACAGAGCAGCAGUUAUGCUCUUGAGACUUUUAAGAUGGGCAGCAGUUAUGCCCUUGAGAAUCGUGGUGAAGAGCCACCACGAUAAGUUUAAGAUGUUAGGGGGAUGAAUCGUUACGACUUCCCUAACUAAGUUUAAGUUUAAGGAAAGCCUUGAUGGCUUCUCAUACGUAUGAGUUGGCAACCGGACUAGCUAGUGAGGGAUCCCCGUGUCAGUCAAGUAUUUAAGUCGAGAUUUGAGCUUUAAGAAUUCAGUUUUAAGAGUUAAGCUUUUUAAUAGUGGAAGCACAAAAUAACUUCCACUCAGUUAAGUAAAGUGAUCAAGUAUUAAUAAGAUGUUAAACGUAAGGGCGUAGACUGACCCCAUCUCACUCACCAGUUUGAGGAGCUAGAGGAGCAGUUAGUGAGCAGCAAGUUCGAGGGCAGCCAGCUAGAGGAGAGCAGUAUAAGUGUCACGGAGGAUGCUCAGUCAAAGAUUUCAGUAGCAACAACUUCAGAGAUUAUUAGUUAUAUACAUUUAUGAUUAUGAGUACAGACUGGAGAUUAUUUUGAGAUCAGUUUGAGAUUUUAAAGUUUGAGUUUAAUUUGCCCACGUGUUAGGGCUUUGCUCUGAGCUACAAGUGUGUGUUUUCAGUAUUUUAUUUAUUAAAAUUUUUCCCAGUCGCCAUUUAAGAUUUAAGUAUUUUAGUUAUCAAGGGCAUUUUAGUAAAAGUAGUACCCGGCCGGGUUAGGGUGUUACACCAUUUUCUUUGGAUUUUGAAGGCUACAAAUCACGGAUUCGGCGUGAGGCUAUUCUUCAACGAUGAUUAAGUCCAUUAGGCACCAAUUUGGGAGAAUUUAUUCCAGGUCAAUUUUUUGGAGAUUCCAAAGGAGUACAAUCACAUAUUUCGGUCAAUUUUUACGAAAUGCCAUUUUCUUUCGAUUUUUGAGGCUGCAUAUCACGAAAUCAGGCCGCGCCUUUUCUUCACCGAUAAUGAAGUCUAUUGAUCCUA